AAAGAGGGGCGGGGGGUAAAGCCGCCAGUCCAAGUUCUUCCCUCGAACACAACCCCUUUCUUCGUUUUAACCGCCAUGCCAAAUUCCGGCAAAACUCUCGAUCAUUCUCUGAUAAAGAGUCUCGAACUGAGGCUCUAGAGUUCGUUAUGCGCAAUAUAUCAAAAACUCCUGACUCCGAUCAAAAUCUCCCAGAAAUUUUAGGACAAGUGAAUUCAAGAAACUAUCAAGCUGUUUGCCAGAUCAAUGACUCUUCAUAAGUUUAUUCGCUGUAAGCUGAAGUCUGUGUUUCUGAAAACAGGCAAAGGCCACGAACAACAUGAAAGUGGUGAUACGGUUGAUGAUAUCAGCAAUUUACCUGAUUGUAUUCUUCAUCAAAUUCUAUCUUUUAUUCCCACAAAAGAAGUUGUAAAGAUGUCCAUAUUGUCUACAAGAUGGAAGAACCUCUGGGCUUCUGCACCUAACAUUGAUUUUAAUGAUGGAUUGUUGUAUGCUAAAACAGUUGAUGGUCGGUGUCGGCCUGAGGUGUCUUCCUUCAUAAACUUUGUAGACAGAGUCCUCGCGUUGCGGGAUCCAUCAAAUAUGGAAAAAUUCCAUCUAUCAUGUUUUGUUUGCAACAAUGCAUCUAAAAUACAUUCAUGGAUUUCUUAUGCAAUCAUGCACAAUGUUCAGGAGCUUGAUUUAUGUCUCUUUGGAGUGGACCCAUUUGUGAUUCCUCGGUGUAUGCUUGAUAGCACACCAUUGGUAAGCCUGAAAAUAAAAAUGGAUUGUGUUAUUGAACUCCCAUCUCACGUUUCUUUUCCAUUCCUCAAAACCUUGCACCUAUCUUUAGUUCGGUUCCCAGAUGAUGCCUCUACAGAAAAACUUUUCUCAGGAUGCCCGUUUCUAGAAGAACUGGUUUUAUUAGAUUGCUACUUGGUGAACUUGAAUAACAUUGUGAUUUCUAGUUCCACCUUAAAGAGCUUGACCAUACAUGAUCUGCCAUAUUUUGGAGAAUUCGACGAUACUAGUGGCUGUAAUAUCAAGAUUGAUGCAGUAAAUCUUACAUAUUUUAAAUAUUUUGGAAACCUAUUAAAUGAUAUUCUAUUGAAUAAUGCCUUAUCCCUAAUCGAUGCAUGCAUUCACAUUCCUAUUCCCCAAGAGAGGGAAACAGAAGUCACAUAUCGAGCUAUUGAUCUACUCAAACAACUUCGAUAUGUUGUGUCUUUGAGGAUAUCUAAUCGCAUUAUGGAGUCUCUUAUAUUUGCAGAUAACAUGGUCCACUAUUCUCCGGUUUUUUCAAAUUUGAGGCAUUUAGUGUUGACUAUGGAAAGUGGGAAAUAUCCGUUUGGAGGUCUGAUGGAUCUGCUUUACUUCUGUCCAAUUCUACAAUCUAUUUGUCUUCUGGAGGGAUUCGGGCACCACAUGUGCCUUGGUGAAAACGAUCCAAUUUUGAUAGUAGUACCUAUAUGCAUGUUGAGUUGCCUCAAAAUAGUGACUUUCAAGAACUUUCAUGCUAAUGAUUCAGAAAUAUAUUUCCUCAAAUGCAUUUUGAAGUAUGCGUGUGUUUUGGAGAGGAUGGACAUCGUGUGGUCUAAGACUCGGCUACCAGAUCUAAAGAAGCAAGCACAAGCCAGGACAGAAUUAGAAACAAUCCAAAGGAGCUCUACAGCAUGUCACGUCAAGUUCUCAUGAAAUCUCAAGAAAACCGUGCAGACCGGAUUAAUAAGAUAAUAACAAGGUAUUGUGUUGGUAUGAAUACUCCUUAGGAGAAAUAAAUUUUGGAUAUCAACAUGUAUGGAAAAAAACAUAUGGAUGCCAAUGCUAUUUUUGGAUUUUGGAUGCUAAUCUUUGGUAUAGUAGAUGUAUGGUUGAUAACACUUGAUGUUACCGCUAGAUUUGAUUUUGUAUUCCAGCAUAUAAAACUUGGUUCCUUGGAUGACAUGUGGAUGAAGUUCUUUAAGUAUAUAUUUUUUAAAAAUUCAAGUGAUACAAGUUCAUGAA